AUGUGGUUCACUGCACAAUGUAUUAUACUCUACGCGCAUUUUGGAGUACGGUACGCAAUAGUUUAUGUGAAUCGAUAAAAUAGUCGAUAAUUGAAUCAGUAACGGAAAAGUUAUAUCAAUCCUUUCAGUUUAGUAAAUUUACAGAAGUGGUGAAAAGCAUGUUCUAUUAUAGGGGCACCGCGCAGAAAUGGCGCUCUGUUGAGAAACUCCUUUUACAGUGCAAAUUGAGCGACCUCGGGGCCGAGUUUGAAAAGUUAGGCCACAUUUUCAGUGGAAAAUUACUUCGCGGCCUAGAAAUUCGGCCAGAUUGCGAACAGCGCGCCCUUUCUGUCCGGUACCCCUAUAAUACGCAUGACGCUGAGAUUGCUGCCUGCACAUUCCGACUGUAAGAGAACAUUUUCGAGUUUCCACCGUGGAAAAACCGUUUCCUCCAGGCCACUCCGUAGACUGGCCGAUUUUGGAAUUCAUUGUUUGCUCAGCCACGAUUUCGAAAGCAGAGGAAAGAAAAUUGAGGCGUAUGGACGAUAUGGAUUCUCGAUUAUCACCAGAAACAUGUGAGUUAUGGGAGAGUUUCUGUCAACCGUUUGAAAAUGGGUCAACCAAUACACGGAUUUUUUUUGACAGGAGAAGUGUUUCAUAAAGCCAGUUAUGUUAAUUUGUUAUUCAGGAUCCGUAACGACAUUUUUUACUUGGCAGAAAUACUCUUUAGCAGACUUGCAACGGGCCGGGCCGGGCCAAAAUUGGAAAUUUUCCGGGUCGGCCCGGGAGGAUGCACCUAAAAAUUCAAAGCGAACUAGAACUUCGAAACGAACAUAGUGGGGUCCGUCGUUUCAGCAGAAAUAGAAAAAAAGACGAAAAAGGCAAUGUUAUAGCAUAAAAACCUGUUAAAAAAUAGAAAUUGCUGUUUAAAGUCGCAAAAUUUUCACAAAAAUUACGAAAAUUUUCUCAAGAGUGGGCGGAGCGAUUGAUUGCAACUCUGGCACGCCAUUUUAGCAAUUUUGCCGCACGCGUUUUCCUCUUCCUUCAUAUUUUUUUUGCAUGCAUAUUUUUUUGAGGUCUAACUUCCGGGCCGACCGGGCCGGCCCGGGAUUUGGCAAGUCUGCUCUUUAGGCCCUAUUCAAACAGUUUCUUCGUGUGACUCAGUGUGUGACCAAACUCGUCGAGUUCUAGAUCUUACAGAUUGACCACUCUCUUUUUCUCCUUCUCUUCUUUCCUUUGGUGUGACACCUUCACCCUGCCAAUUUCUCUUUCUCUCUGUGUGACCUUCUUUUCAGACUUGCCAAAUCCCGCUCCGGCCGGGCCGACGAUUUGCUGGCCCGGCCCGGCUCCGCCCACUCUUGAGAAAAUUUUCGUAAUUUUUGUGAAAAUUUUGCGACUUUAAACAGCAAUUUCUUCUUUUUAACAGGUUUUUAUGCUAUAACACGCAUGAAGAUACCUCUAAAAUUCUUGAUUUCCAAUACUUCGACUAAAGCAAGGAGAUCUAGAUUUGUUAGCGCAGGCAGAUCUUUCUCUAGCUUCACCAUUUAUUUAGCAUUUUUUUAUUCACCGUUCUAGCGCACCUUUUCUCGACCAUUUCGACCAUCCAUUUCGACCACAUUUUCAAGGUAGCGCAUUUCGACCUUUUUACCAUUUUUGAAAAUUGUUUAAAAUGAUACAUUUUCAAAGAGUUAAGACAGAAAAUCAAUGAAAAUAAGCCUUAAAAUGGCUUAAAAAUGAGAAAAUUGAGGAUGGGCGAAAAGGUGCGCUAGAACGGCAAAAAAAAUAUUAUUAUUGAGAAACGAGCACUCGUCAUUCACCGUCUGAAUCUCUGGCUCCUCAGAAGAUCACACGAAGCAGGUAAGCUUUUGAAACUUGUUCAAAAACGAAUAGAUAGUGAAUCGAUCCUUUUCAGUCAGCAUAUGAGCAAAAAGGGACCCCGAAAGUCUUGAAACCAGACAGUUUGAAAUUAGUUGUAUACUGAGAGACUAGAAUUUUGUUAGUGUCAAAAAAUUUAGCUACUAAACGUCAAUGUGUCUUCUGAACUGUCUGGUUUCGAAAUGUCCUGACGUCAAGAAAUUGACCCAAUAAAGAGGCACAAUUUCAGUACUAGAUCUUUAUGUUACAGAGAAGCUGAUAUCGCGAACACGUUGA